ACCCCAAGGGGUCGGCGGAUUUCUUCGGCUCGGUUCUUGCGCUGAGGCGUUGGACCCAAUUAGUUGCAGGGAUGUAUUCACGUUGACGAUCUUGCAAGUCAUGCGACAAUUACAGGUGCGAGGAUUAUCAACUCCGCACCCGUCCGUAAAAGAUGUGGCUCAAGGCAAAAAGGCCAUGCAUGAGUACAAGUUGUUUAACAUUAACAUUGGCAGUGUGUAAUUGUUCUGAUGGGUCUCAUCACCACGAGGUUAUUCCCGCAUCUUUUCGUGAGUUGGUCCAUAUCUUCGCGUAGCCGAAACCUGAAGGCUUCAACCGGGGCGAUACGGCCAUCUGUUUUAGCAACAUGCAGUCUAAUAUCCCAGCGUGCUUGUAGUGGCCAUCCAGGAACUCAAGGGGGUUGCACAGUUGCUCGGCACAGCGUCUCAUCUAUGGAUGAUUCCGAUGCCGCUCAGCCAAGUCUUUUUGAUGUAGCAGUGGUUGGCGGAGGAAUUGCAGGCCUCGCAGCAAUUUCAAGGUUAUCGCGUCGCGGAUUGCGGUUGCUUCUGGUGGAGCAGGGCCGUGGGGUUGGUGGCCGCAUGUGCACCCGGCAUGCGAGUUGCCCAAAGACAGGGCAUUCACUUGUUUUUGACCACGGGUGCCAGUAUUUCUCUGUGAAGGAAGCUUGUCAACCGCAAUUCGCUCAGGAGGUUGAGCGAUGGUUGGAAGCAGGUGUUGUACAGCAUUGGCAAGGGCGUAUCGGUACGCUGGAUUUUGAUGAAGAUGAGGGUAGCUUAAACAUGAGUAGUUUUACUGCUUUUCCGAAGGAGAAGCUCGCAAGCAUUAUGGUUGGUGCUCCUUCCAUGAGUGCUUUGGGAAGGCACAUUCUGGGGCGAGCAGGCGUUGGUCUAAAGGAAGAUCAGAGGGGCCGUUCAAUUGACAUUGUUGUGAAGAAGCGCACUCGUGCAGAAAAUGUCCAGAGGCAUUCGCCAUCGCGAAGAUGGCGCCUACAGCUAGCAUCACGGACAACUGAAAGCACGGCGACUGAAGUGGAAGCCCGUGUUUUGGUUGUAGCAACCAGUGCAAAGAGCAUCAACCGUUUGUUACUUACCUCGGUGCCAGACGAAGUAAAAGGGAUCAACAGUCCAGUAUGUUGGGCGUUGUUGGUUGCCGUAGCGUCUCCUUUGGCCCACAUACCCUUCGAUGGUGCUUUUGUUGCCAAUUCUGCUGAUGCUGGUGUACUGGCAUGGGUGGCAAGGGAUAGCUCAAAGCCAGGACGCCCCGGCACAGGCAACGCUCCCGAGUGUUGGGUUCUGCAUGCUUCUGCAGGGUGGAGUUAUAGUAUGCGCGAGGCUUCUACCGACAAGGUUCGCGAAGCCAUGCUUGCAGAGUUUACAAAGGACUUUGGAACACAAGACGUCGUUUAUUCUGAAGCUUUCCGUUGGAACAAUGCCUUUCCUUUGAACCCCAUGCGCGGAACAGCCAAAUGCCUUGUGGAUUCGGAAAGGCACUUAGCCCUCGGGGGCGACUGGGCUGCUGGAGACCGGGUUGGUGAUGCUUUUGAAUCUGGCGUUGCAUUGGCCGCUUCGGCGCUAGCGUUGCUAUGAAGCUUCCAUGCCUUAACACUGUCAUGAUGCGACCUGCGGCACACAACAUGGAGGUUCUGUGGAAAUUAUGUUGUUGCCAUGAUGUUGACGACCUCAUGCAAUUGUCAAGAAGAGUGGCGAUGAACCGGCGCGUCCCAUACAAACACAAUAAUUCCGUUAUCAGUGGAUGUUCUUGGCUUUGAUGUUUUUGUUGUUCCUAUUCCCGAGCGGUAACAGGUUGCACGGGGGGUGGGUGGGUUGGGGAAGGGAUUGGUAACAUCACGUUUGGUGCCAUCGCAGUUCGGGAACGCCUAGGGAUGACCUCAAACAGUUCGGAUAGCAGAUACGUAGAGGGAUAUGCUUCGCAGAGCCGAGCGCGCAUACAUAAAGGAAUCUGCCACAGCAGAGCUCCUCCCUUCUCCGUCUCCCCCUCUUCCAGCGCCGUACUCUGUUCUCAGCAAUCCCUGACGCCGCGCUUCGCUAUCCGUAGCUACCAAUCGCAGUUCCUUGCGUAUCCAUAGCCUGUUGCGCGCUCUUCCACAACAUAUCCGUACUGGCAACUGCUAUUCGAGCUUUCUUGGCUAUUCUUCAGCAUGAAUGAGCGCCAGUGGAUACCUGGGCGGUCUGCUGGUCUGGCGCGUGAGCGCUGUAGUCGUGCGAGCUGAUGAAGGACUCGCUGAGAGUCUGCCCCUGGCAACGAUCGUAGCCACAUGGCGUUGCGGCGUGUUCGGGCGACGCACAUUUACACCGACAGCGAUAUUGGCCAGGCCCAUGCCAGGCGAACUAUCUGUGCAUAUGCCGUCCUGGCUGGGCCGGGAAAUUGGGAUCACACCAGUCGUGGGUACAGGAUUGGUCUGGCCAGGAUUGUCGACGAUAAUGGUUCGGUGCGUCCUUCUGUCGCUGAGCCUGGCCCUUCCGCAUCUGCAUGUGCGAGUGCCUCGAUGGUUAUGGCCUCCCGCUGCAGCAUCACGCCUCGGCGUGCCUACCAUUACUGCUUGCCUGGGCCAGACAGCUUCGCGGCCUCACCUACCAUGGCUACAGCUGGUUCAGGCAAUAUGACAUCACGCAGCCCAGACAACUCUCUGGAGAGAGGUAGGGGCUGGAGGUGACAAUCGUGGCUCGAGUUGUUCGCGCUCGCCGCCCCGCUCGUCGCGCCUUGCUCGCUAAUGCGCGGUACCUAUCGCGUCGCGCCAUUCGUGCAGGAUCGUACGUGGGAAUUCGAGGUUCCUUGCGCACGGCAUGAGGCGUUGGUGGUGUACAUGUCCGAGGGUACGAUGGCGGGAAGGAAGGCGAGUCCGAGAUGGGCAUCAGCCGCUCGCGUACCCCCGCCAUCCCAUUUAGAAUUGAUGCCCAGGCGAGUUGCACUGAUCAGGGAAGUGUAGGAG